AUGUCUCGUCGCUACGAUUCGAGAACAACCAUUUUCUCGCCCGAGGGCCGACUCUACCAGGUUGAAUAUGCGCUCGAGGCUAUCUCGCAUGCCGGUACCGCCAUCGGUAUUCUCGCAAAGGACGGCAUCGUUCUCGCUGCCGAGCGCAAGGUCACAUCCAAGCUCCUUGAACAGGAUACCUCUGCCGAGAAGCUUUACGUCCUCAACGAUAACAUGAUCUGCGCCGUCGCUGGCAUGACGGCCGAUGCCAACAUCCUCAUCAACUACGCCCGCCAAGCCGCCCAGCGAUAUCUCCUUACUUACAAUGAAGACAUUCCCUGCGAACAGCUCGUCCGCCGACUUUGCGAUCUCAAGCAGGGCUACACCCAACACGGUGGUCUCCGACCUUUUGGCGUCUCCUUCAUCUACGCUGGUUGGGACCCCCGCAGAGAAUUCCAGCUGUACCUCAGCAACCCUUCAGGAAACUACGGUGGAUGGAAGGCCACCAGCGCCGGCGCCAACAAUGCCAGUGCACAGAGCCUGCUGAAGCAGGAUUAUAAGGAAGACUGCACGCUCGACGAGGCUUGCGCCAUGGCCGUCAAGGUCCUGAGCAAGACCAUGGACUCCACAAAGCUGAGCAGCGAAAAGAUCGAGUUUGCUACAGUAGGCAAGACCGAGGAGGGCAAGGUGUACCACAGAUUAUGGAGCGCAGACGAAAUCACUGCGUUGCUAAAGAAGCACGAUCUGUCCAAGAACGAGGAGGCCGAGGAGAAAUAA